AUGAAAUCCAAUUGCAUAUUGGUAACAGUGGAUAAAUACUCCAAAUAUGGUCAUUUUUUAGCCAUAUCCCAUCCUUAUACAAUAACUGAAAUAGCUAGAACCUAUUUGGAGCAAGUUUAUAAAUUGCAUGGACCUCCUAAGAUAGCUAUAUCUGACAGAGACAAAACUUUUACAAGUUUGUUCUGGAAGGAAUUAAUGAGGCAACUUGGAACUACUACUUUUUUCAGUACAACCUACCACCCAGAAACAGAUGGGCAGACUGAAAGGUUAAACCAAUGUUUGGAACAAUACUUGAGAAACAAACAUAGAAGUGAUCGAGAAUUUCAAAAAGGAGAAGAGGUUUACCUCAAAUUGCAGCCCCGUAAACAAUCUUCAGUAGCUGUCAGGAAGAAUUUGAAGUUGGUUGCGAAAUAUUAUGGACCAUACAAAAUCCAAAAAAAAAAAAUAGGGUUAAUUGUGUAUCAAUUAGAAUUGCCAGCACAUUCUAAAAUCCACCUUGCUUUUCAUGUAAGUCUAUUGAAGAAGAAGGUAGGUGAAGGAACAGUUACCUCGAAGAAUCCUCCUGAAUUAAGCGAUGAUGGACAAAUGAAGGUGUAUCCAGCCAUUGUCCUUAAUAAAAGGAUAGUGAAGAGACAGAAUCGAGCGGUCACGCAAUUGUUGAUACAGUGGUCGAAUUUGGGGGCUAAAAAUGCGACUUGGGAAGACUAUAAUGUGUUGAAGUCUCAAUUUCCAGAUUUUGAUCCUUGGGGACGAGGAUCGGGUGAAGGGGAAGGAGAUGUUAUGAACAUGGAAGAGAAAGGGAAAAUGUUAGGGAUUUCUGUCGAGGGAUUAGGGAUUACGAGUGAGGAAUUGGGGGAAAUGAAAAAAAUACCUGGAGCAAAAGAAAUCGUCUCUUAA